AUGGUCGACAGGAUUAGCCUGUUGCCAGAUGAAGUCCUCUGUCACAUUCUGUCCUUUCUCCCAACCAAAAAAGCAGUUGCAACAAGUGUUCUUUCAAAGAAGUGGAGACCCCUGUGGAUCUUAGUCCCUACUCUUGACUAUGACGAUGAAAUCUAUCUUGUCAGAGAUAAACCCUUUUAUUAUUUUGAAAAGUUGGUAUAUGAAACCAUUCGUGCCAGAGAUGCCGAACAACCGAUCAGAAGGUUCCGCCUCAAAUAUGACAGUUCUCACAGUGACCGUUCAGAUGCUGAUGUCAAUGCAUGGUUAAAGGUCGUGAUACCACGUCGUAUUGAGAACCUGGACAUUAACCUGCACCCUAAAGAUCAUAUGAUUAGUUUGAAUUGCUGCAUUUUCAGCUGUACAACUCUUGUUGUUCUCAAGUUGAAAGGGAUAUCUCUCAACGCUUCUUCUUCUUCUGUUGAGCUCCCCUCUCUCAAAUCCCUACAUUUGGAACAAGUUAAGUUCACACGCUAUCAAAAUCUUACUGAGCUCUUUCACGGAUGCCCAAUUCUGCAGGAUCUAAAAGCACAUGAUAUAGAUUAUGAUCAGCAAGACACUUUUUGUGUGGAAGAGAUUAAAAGCUUACCCAAGUUGCUCACGGCAGAUUUACAUUAUCAAUGGUUCGAUAUUUAUAUUCCUUUGAAAGCAGUAUGCAAUGUGGAGUAUUUGAGCAUCACAAAGUUCCCAAAGGUUGAGGUGGUUCCUGAAUUUCCUAAUUUAAUGCAUAUGAACCUCCAUCUCCUGAGCUGGGAUUCGGUGUAUAAGAUGCUCAAAAAUAGCCCAAAACUUCAGGUUUUUGAAGUUGUUUCAAACGGAGGUAGUUUUGUGCCUGACCCUCAUAUUGUUCCGGAAUGUCUUACUUCACAGUUCAGAAAGUGCUCUGUUGAGUAUUAUAAUGGUACACCAAGUGAACUGCGAUUUGCAAAAUAUAUUAUGGAGAAUUCAACUACUUUACAGACCAUGAUGAUUUGCAGCAUGCCUAUCUUAGCUUCAGAGUUAAAAGAUGAACUUUUUACAGAAUUAGCUUCAUGCCAAAGGAGAUCUGCAUUGUGUGAACUUUCAUUUAAAUGA